UGAAAAUAGAGACACAAGACAAUUCAUAAAGUACUGUUGAAACAUACAAGAAAACAAACAAGUUAAUCCGACUAGAAUAAAAUAAAAUAAAAUAAAAUAAAAACAUCUAGAGAGAAAGAAAAACAAAAAAAACAAAAAAAAAAUGAAAAAUGUAUCAAUCUUUCUAGUUGUUUUGGCUUUUUGCAUGAUACAGAAUAUGGAGCAUGUCAUCUCCAUUAAAGGGAAACAGACGACGUUGACAUUCAGAAACAGCCUUUCACACAACAAAUGGCUCAAGGUUCGCUGCAACUCUGGAGACAAAGAGGUUCGUGAAAAAUUUAUGCCACCUAACGGCGAAGAUUAUAGCUUUAGUUUCCACGAUGAUGUUGUCGGACACAAACUUAUCUGGUGCACGUUGUCCAAAGGAGCUGAUUAUAAGGUACAUAAGAAGUUCGAUGCCUAUGUUCAAGACAAUAGAAAGCCUCACGGAACCUUCUAUAAUUACGUUGCUCAAGAGGAUGGGAUCUAUCACAGUACUAUGCUAACACGUAUCCAUAAGAUGUACGAUUGGAACUAAUUAAUUAAGGAUCGAUGCUAUAUUAAAAAUCUCCUAAUUUUAUCCAAUCUUUCAAAAAGCUUAUUCUUCAAAUCACUGAUUUGAUCAUAAUUGUAAAAUAAAAUUUAUAUAUUAUAAUUUUGUUUCAUGUAAAAAAACUCACUCUUUUCUUUCUUAUAAUAUAAAAGCA